CACACGCACACAGAAACAAACCCACCAGCUAGGUUCUAAGCCCUCUACACGCAGUAGCUUACUUCGUUUUAACAACAAACCUCUGAGGUAAGCAUCAUUAGCCUCGUUUGAAAGAUGGGAAACUGAGGCCCAGAGAGGUUAAGUACGGUCACACCCAAGGUCACACAGCUGGUGAGUGGCGGAGCCAACAGUCUGCCUCGAGUCUGCUCUGCACUAUCACCUGAUGAAUCCUCUUUGGAGUUGUUAUAGAGAAGCAGAGGUGGGGAGAGGAGGAAAGGGGCAGAUGAUGAGGCUCCUGUGCCCGGCCCUUGACUUCCUGCCUGUCCCCACAGGUGGCAGAGCUGAAAGGCCCUGUCCUCCGGCUACGGGAGCCGCUGGGCGUGCUGGCCAUUGUGUGCCCUAACGAAUGGCCCCUGCUUGCCUUCGUGUCCCUGCUGGCCGCCGCACUGGCCCACGGCAACGCGGUGGUCAUGGUGCCCAGCGGGGCCUGUCCCAUCCCUGCCCUGGAGGUCUGCCAGGAUAUGGCCGCCUUGUUGCCAGCAGGCCUGGUGAAUGUGGUGACCGGUGACCGGGACCACCUGACCCGCUGCCUGGCCUUGCACCAGGACGUCCAGGCCCUGUGGUACUUCGGAUCUGCCCAGGGCUCCCAGUUUGUGGAGUGGGCCUCAGCAGGAAACCUGAAGCCGGUGUGGGUGAACCGGGGCUGCCCUCGGGCCUGGGAUCAGGAGGCCAAGGGGGCAGGCGCAGAGCUGGGACUGCGGGCAGCACGGACCAAGGCCCUGUGGCUGCCCAUGGGGGACUGAUGCCCAAGUGCCACCCGCUGCAUCUUGGCCAGAGGAGAGAUGGACCCUGACAGACACCAGAAGCCUAGAACUUUGUUUUAUUAUGACUCCCAUGCCCUCCAAUAAACUCUGACCAACCUUG